AUGGCUGAUUCUGCUGUUAGUGUACAGGUGGCUUUAAGGAUAAGGCCUUUAGUCAAAUCCGAAAUUUCUAAAGGAUAUGUUAAAUGCCUCGAAACAGUGCCAAAUAAACCUCAAGUUUUAAUAAAAAAUCUUUCUUUUACUUACAACCAUGUAUUUCCACCAGAAGUUUCGCAAGCUCAAUUUUAUGACACUGCUGUGAAGGGUUUAGUUGAUGGAUUGUUUAAGGGCUACAAUGUGACAAUAUUAGCUUAUGGUCAGACUGGCUCCGGAAAAACUCAUUCCAUGGGCAUGGCUUAUUCAGGUGGACCAGUCGAGGAGAUGGGUGUUAUACCAAGAGCAGUAAAAGACAUUUUUCAAAAAAUUUCAACUCUGACGGAGCAAUAUUAUUUUCAAUUACAAGUAUCAUUUAUGGAAUUAUAUCAAGAACAAUUAUUUGAUCUUUUAUCAAAAUCAAAUAGAGAUCAAAGUAUAGUUGAUAUCAGAGAAGAUCAACAAAAAAGAAUUGUAAUUCCUGGAUUAACCGAAAUUGAAGUAGGUGAUGCAAAAGAUGCAUUAGAUUGUUUAAUUAGAGGAUAUCGUCGCAGAGCUGUAGGUGCAACUGCAAUGAACAGUCAAUCCAGUAAAAGUCAUGCAAUAUUCACUAUCCAUAUACAACAGCGAAAAAUCAGCGAUAAAAAUAGUCUAACAAAAUGCAAGUUACAUUUGGUAGACUUGGCAGGAUCUGAAAGAGCAAAUAAAACAAAAGCAACUGGUAAUCGCUUCCGAGAAAGUGUAAAAAUUAAUAAAGGAUUGUUAGCUCUGGGUAAUGUCAUAUCAAGAUUGGGCGAGGGCUGUACGGGUUUCAUAGGUUAUCGUGACAGCAAAUUAACAAGACUACUACAAGAUUCUCUUGGGGGCAAUGCGGUUACAUUAAUGAUAGCUUGUGUAAGCCCAGCGGAUUACAACAUAGAAGAAAUAAUGAGCACGUUACGAUGUGCAAAUAGAGCAAACAAAAUAAAAAAUAAACCAAUUGUAAAUAAAGAGCACAAAAAUGAACUUGUACUGAAAUCGAGACAAGAGGAUAAUAAUUUAUUGAAAGCAUUAGAUUCAUUAGAUGAUGAAACUAAGGGAGAGUUAAGCACAAGUGAAAGCUCAUGUAAUAUUCGUUUACAUACAAUUAAAGAAAGCAUAGAUGAAGUGCAGAAAACACUAAUAAAAGUUUAUACUCAUAUUUUGGACCAUGAUAUUGAAAAAAGACCUGUAUCAGAAGUGUCCUGUGAAAGCAGUGGUUUUCAAGAAGAUGUUCACUUAGAAUCAUCUGAAAGCAUUACUGACCUUGAUGUAAAGGAACAACAAGAUAACCAUUUAUCUCAGCAGGCAGCUUUAACAACAGGGCUCCAACAAUUAAAUAAGGAAUUGGCUUGGAAGCGAACAUUAGUGGCACAAGUUGCACAAAAAGUGAAUAUGCCAAUACCUGAACCUAAAUAUGCUCCAAAAGACUUAUUUGAUAUGAUUGCUGACCCAAGGCGUUCAGUUGAUGUCCAUAAUGAGCGCGGUACUGAACUGGAGAAUCAGCUAACAGAAGCAGUGGCGAAAGUUGCUCAAUAUCAACAGGAAAUGGAUAAGCUACGCGAGCAACAUAGACAUGAAUUGGCUGAAUUAAUGACAUAUGGAAACAGAAAUGAUAUUAAGAAUUGUAGAACACGUGAAAAAAAGGCUCAGAAAAUGAAAAAAGAUCCAGAUCAUCUUAAGCUGGAUUUCGAGCCAAUGAGUUCAUCAGAAAGUGAUGAUGAGGUUUAUGCAGAUUCCGCUAAAAAAGAUCCUGAUUUUAGAGUCCACUUAGCGAAGACACUGCCAAGGCAUAAGCGAGUGUCAGCAGAUGUAAGCCAAUGUAGCUGUAAAGGUAAAUGUGAAAACAGAUUAUGUGGUUGUCGCAAAAACAACAGGAAAUGUAAUAGCGCCUGCAAGUGCUCAAAAGAAAACUGCAAAAACAUGGCACAAGAAGAGCACUCUGGAUCAAUGAAUAUUAAGGAGGAGACUCUAGAUAGUAUAUGCAUACCAGUACCUAAUAACACCAAAUCAGAUACUAGUGAAUGCAGGUGA